AUGGCACCUUCAAACAUGGAAUAUCAAAACGAAUCGCAGACCACCGAGUGCUACACACACAAAAAGUUCAAGACCUCCGCCUACACUCACAAAAAGUUCAGCAAGAAGACCAGCAGCGGCAAGGAGAAGGAGGCUGUCGCCACUUCUCCGUCAACACCGCUCUUCCGGCCGUACGCCCUCAGCGAGAACACACCGCGAAAGCGUCGCCAGGUGACGGAGAUCCAGCAGCACCAACCGCAGUACCACUCCCUGCCUCCCACACCGCCCACCACUCCACCACAGCAGCAGCAGCAGUUACAACAUUCGCAGUAUCCUGGUUCUUCACCACUUCCGGCCAAUACCAUGACCACACCAACGCCAACGCACACACCGGUUUUCCUAGGCCACCAGGCCUACGCCUACAUGCUCCAGAAACAACGGGCCGUGCUCCAGAUGCGUCAACUCCUCAGCAUCAAUCCGGAUGCCAACACUUGGCCUGUGGAAUGGCGUCAGGCUCUUCAAGCCCUGCUGCAUUAA